AGAUGUCUGCAACCAGAGGAAAUGGAGAGCACUGGCAAUCUUUGGAGUCUGUGGGGAUUAGCCGUAAGGAGCUGGCUCUUGCAGAAGCCUUGCAGAUGGAGUAUGAUGCCUUGUCCCGCCUGAGGCAAGACAAGGAGGAGAACCAGGCAAAGCAGAACACCGAUCAACCUCUAAUUUCUUGGGAUGAUCCCAUUCUGGAUUACAACAUACCUGCUGUAAGGAAUGACUGCCAUAAUAUUAAGGUCAUGAGAGGCCUCUCUGGCUCAGAUUCAACCCUCAACUAUAAUGCACUCUCUGGCCAAGAAGUUUCAAGAGCUUUGGGGACCAACAAUACUACCUCAUCCAGAUUGGUGCCUGAAGCAGAAAGUCAACCUUGGUUGAAGAAUCCUCUGUCUAGUGACUAUUUGUACAUCUUUGAUAGCACAGAGGGAGACUUCCUAAAUGAUCCGCUCAAUAGUGCACCCUGCCAGCACAGCAAUGGUGGUAAGUCACCCAAGAAGCUUUCUCCUCCCCCACUGCCACCUCGCAUUACCAUCUGGAAUACUUCUGAAGCAAAUCAAGCUUCCCUCAAGGGACCCCAACCCAAUAAUAUCAACAUGUUCUCCUCAUCUCACGAGAGAGCUGAUGGAAAAUUGCUAGGUCGAAGAAUCUCAGAAGAAGACCAAUAUAGCACAGUAGACUAUGAUGGCAUCAAUGACGCUAUCACUCGACUCAACCUCAAGUCCACUUAUGAUACUGAACUUCUGAGAGAAGCCACUUGGAGUUGGAAGGAGGGCAGAAGCAUUUUUGAGAAAGAAAGCAGUGGGAAGCCAGUUGCUCGCAGCAAAACCAUGCCUCCUCAAGUCCCUCCCAGGACUUAUGUCUCCAGAUGUGGUGGAUGGAAGAAUGCUGCUCUCAACAAGAACCGGAGGAUAUCAGCAGAUCCAGGCACUUCUCAGCAUUAUCCCGUGUCCAACGGUUAUGAACUAUUUGAGGUGUCUGAGGAGAAAGAUGAAGAGGUUGCUGCAUUCUGCCAUAUGCUUAAUGUAUUGAGAUCUGGCUAUAGUACCAAGGAUUACUCCCUCACAGGUUAUGUCUGGAGCACUGUCAAUCUCGGCCCUGAACAUCUUGGCCAUGGGAUUAGCUUGAAGGUGACCGUAGUUUAUGAUAGCCUACAAGAACCUCUCACAUUCACUUGUGACUGUUCCUCCACAGUAGACUUACUCAUUUACCAGACCUUGUGUUACACUCACGAUGAAUUGUGCGACAUUGAUGUGGAUGAUUUUGUUCUCAAAAUAUGUGGUGUAGAAGAAUUCCUCCAAAACAAACAUCCACUAGGAAAUCAUGAAUAUAUUCAAAACUGCAGGAAGUUUGACAUAGACAUCCGGUUGCAGCUGAUGAACAGGAAAGCUGUUCGCAGUGACCUGGCUAGGACGGUGAAUGAUGACCAAAGCCCUUCCACACUCAACCACUAUGUUCAUCUCCAAGAGAGGCCAAUCAAGCAGACCAUCACCAGGCAGGCCCUGAGCCUUCUUUUUGAUACCUUCCACAAUGAGGUGGAUGCCUUCUUAGCAACUGAGGGAGAUUUCCAACUGAAAGCAGAGCGGGUAGUCCAGUCUGUCAUGGCCAUUUGCAAUGCUUUGGCUGCUGUUGAAUCCCAGGAAAUCACGGCAGCCCUGAAUCAGCUACCGCCUUGUCCAUCUCGCAUGCAGCCCAAAAUUCAGAAGGAUCCAAGUGUUUUGGCCAUGAGGGAAAACAGAGAGAAAAUUGUAGAAGCUUUGACAGCCUCUAUCUUGGAUCUGGUGGAGCUCUAUUGCAAUACCUUCAAUGCAGACUUCCAGACAGUGGUACAUGGGAAUAGAAAGCAUUCAUUCUCCCAAGAGGCCCGACUACUUUCCUGUCCUCUCUCCUUCAGAGUCUAUGCUACUCAUCGUAUACCCAUCACCUGGGCUACAAGCUAUGAAGAUUUCUACCUCUCCUGCUCACUCAGCCAUGGGGGAAAAGAGCUUUGUACCCCCCUGCAAACCCGAAAAGCUCAUGUAUACAAGUACCUCUUUCAUCUAAUCAUCUGGGACCAACAGAUAUGUUUCCCAGUUCAAAUGAAUCGUCUGCCACGGGAGACUCUUCUGACAGCCACGCUCUUUGCUAUUCCACUCCCACCUCCUGGGAGUUCUUCGGAGACAAACAAGCAGCGCCGCACCCCAGAAGCUCUGGGCUGGGUCACUACUCCUCUUUUCAACUUUCGACAAGUCCUGACUUGCGGAAGGAAACUCCUAGGUUUGUGGCCUGCAACUCAAGGUCCUUCUAGUGCCAGAUCAAGCGCUCCCAACUUUAACCAGCCUGAUAGUGUUAUUCUACAAAUUGAUUUUCCCAGCUCAUCAUUUGAAAUUAAGUUUACCAGCCCACGAGCAGCAGAAUUCAGUCCCCAGUACAAUUUCAACAGUCUCUUUGAGGGAGACCAGCGGAAACUAAAGGAGGUUAUGCAGAAGGAAUCCCUUUAUUGGCUAACUGAAGCAGACAAAAAGAGAUUAUGGGAGAAGCGUUAUUACUGCCAUUCUGAGCCAGGUUCGCUGCCUCUGCUGCUUGCUAGUGCCCCAAGCUGGGAGUGGGCCUGUUUGCCUGACAUCUAUGCCCUGUUGAAACAAUGGACAUACAUGAAUCAUCAAGAUGCUCUUGGACUGUUACAUGCAGCGUUCCCAGAUCAGGAAGUGAGAAGGACAGCUGUACAGUGGAUUGAUUCCAUAAGUGAUGCUGAGCUAUUAGAUUAUCUGCCCCAGUUGGUACAGGCUCUUAAGUAUGAAUGCUACUUGGACAGUCCCUUGGUGCGGUUUCUUAUGAAGCGAGCCAUCUGUGAUCUGAGGAUCACCCACUAUUUUUUCUGCCAAUGCUUGGGAUCACUGGACUCCCAUAUUGCUAGGUUGCUUGAUUGUAACACUCGCCUCCCACCUUUGAUCUCCGUUUUUCUUUGCUUGCAGGAUUGUUCCUAUUUCAAUUCAAAUGCUGUCCCUCUGAAGCUCUCUUUCCAGAAUGUUGACUCCCUUGCAGAAAAUAUCCGUGUUAUUUUUAAGUGUGGAGAUGAUCUUCGCCAAGAUAUGCUAACCCUGCAAAUGAUUCGUAUAAUGAACAAGAUCUGGGUGCAAGAAGGUUUGAACAUGCGCAUGGUCAUAUUCCGUUGUUUUUCUACAGGCCGUGGUCGGGGGAUGGUAGAAAUGAUCCCCAAUGCAGAAACUUUGCGAAAAAUUCAAGUGCAGCAUGGUGUGACAGGUUCUUUCAAAGAUCGUCCCCUUGCAGACUGGCUACAGAAGCACAACCCCAAGGAGGAUGAAUAUGAAAAGGCAGUGGAGAAUUUCAUUUACUCCUGUGCUGGCUGCUGUGUAGCCACUUAUGUUUUGGGAAUCUGUGACCGGCACAAUGACAACAUCAUGCUCAAAACAACCGGGCACAUGUUCCAUAUUGACUUUGGAAGGUUUCUGGGACAUGCCCAGAUGUUUGGCAACAUCAAAAGGGACCGAGCUCCAUUUGUCUUCACAUCAGACAUGGCUUAUGUUAUCAAUGGUGGUGAUAAACCCUCCAGUCGUUUCCAUGAUUUUGUGGAUCUCUGCUGCCAAGCUUACAACCUUAUCCGGAAGCAUACUCAUCUCUUCAUCAAUCUUUUGGGACUGAUGCUCUCCUGUGGGAUUCCUGAACUCUCUGACCUUGAGGACCUAAAAUAUGUUUAUGAUGCACUUAGACCACAAGACUCUGAGGCAGAUGCUACUACCUAUUUUACCAGAUUGAUAGAGUCCAGCCUGGGCAGUGUAGCCACGAAGCUCAACUUCUUCAUUCACAACCUGGCCCAGAUGAAGUUCACAACAUCAGACUCCCGGCCAACAUUGUCAUUUGCCCCCCGUGUGCACACAAUCAAGACAUCUAGCCGUAUCGUUGAUAUUUUUCUCUGCCGACAUGAAAAGGUCUUCAAUCCCAGCAAAGGAUAUAUUUAUAUUCUGAAGGUGAAACGAGAGCACCCUUCUGAGGUCACAUUCAUUCAGCGCACAUUUGAAGAGUUCCAGGAGCUGCACAACAAGCUACGCCUCAUCUUCCCCUCUUCACAUCUCCCAAGCUUCCCUAGCAGGUUUAUAAUUGGACGAUCACGAGGAGAGGCAGCCGCUGAGAGGAGGAAAGAGGAAUUGAAUGGCUACAUCUGGCAUCUAAUUCAUGCAGCUCCGGAGGUUGCUGAGUGUGACCUGGUAUACACGUUUUUCCAUCCUCUUCCAAGGGACGAAAUUGCUGCGGGCACCAAUCCAGCACCAAAACCUGCAAAUGCUGUAUGGUCCCAACCAGUUGGAAAAGUUGGUGGAGAGGUGAAAUUAUCAAUCUCCUAUAAGAACAACAAGCUCUUUAUAAUGGUGAUGCAUAUUCGUGGCCUUCAGCCUACUCAGGAUGGCAGUGAUCCUGAUCCUUAUGUUAAGACUUAUCUUCUGCCAGAUCCUCAGAAAACCACUAAGAGGAAAACCAAAGUUGCUCGAAAAACUUGCAAUCCAACUUAUAAUGAAAUGCUUGUCUAUGAUGGAAUUCCUAAAGGAGAUCUGCACCAGCGGGAGCUGCAUCUGAGUGUCCUGAGUGAAGAGGGCUUUUGGGAGAACAUCCUCCUUGGCGAGGUUAUAAUCAGACUACGAGAUUUAGAUCUGACACAGGAGAAGAUGGGUUGGUUUGAACUGGGCUUUAGGAGCCAUGGGAUCAUGUGAGAAGCAGGAAGGCAGCCUUAGCUUCUUUGGAACUACUUUGGCCCAUGGAAGUCGCUGGGAACUAGUGCAUGUUCCAGGAGUUGUAUCCUGGUAUAAAAUUCGAAGGAUUUAAUUUUCUGCAAAUAAGAAGAUGGACAUUUUGUUUCUGUGCAAAUGAAGAGUUAAUUUCCUGUGGAGAGUGAACAUGUUGGGGUUAAGUCAUGAUAGGAAAUCCUAUGACUUGAAAUGGCUGCUGUAGACUUUUAUCUUUGAAUACAUUUACCUUGUGUCAAGGGAGCAAUGACUUAACUGAGGGGGAGGGUUUAAAUAUUAAAGGCUUCCCCCUCCCCUUUGAAAUAUUUUUAAUUUUUUUAAAACAAUUUGAGGCCAGAUGUGAAUUGUAGGAUGGAAUCUAGAUGGAGAGGAAUUUUGCAGAGUAAUGAAUGUUAUAAAUUAAGUUCUUAUUGGACUUUCAUAAAUAAUUUUUUAUUUUAAAGGAACAUUUGCAUAAGUAUGUGUGAUGGGUUGGGAGAUAUGUGGAUUCAGUAUGAAUGGAAGAUUUAAACCCUUAUCUCUGGGACAGGAGCUAGUGUGCUCCAUCACAAGCCAUCAUGGAGACAUUGCUUCCAAAGGAGAGCAGUAGUACUUGCACAAGCGUAGAACUUACAUUUUUGAUUUCUUAUGAUAUAGAAUCUAAAAAGCAUGCUCUCCUGGAUAAACAUCUGGACUUAUUUGGAGAAGGCAGAAGGCAACUCUGUUGUUGACUGCAACCAUGCAGAAACAAAGGCCUUGAUCUUAAUGUGACUAAAAGCAAUGUCUUAUUUUUCAAUCUUAGCUUUUCUAAAUUGUCUCUUACAUAUAUGAUGUUCUAGUCAGUCUCAAGAGAUUGGAUGGGAAAAUUUGUGCUGAGUCUUAGAAGCAAAGAGUUUUUCAUUUACCCAAGCUAGGGAGUCAUUGAUUUCCUCUUUUCAUAAUCACAGUGUCAAAGUACUAAUUCUUUAGAUUAGCCAAGGAUCUGUUUACCCAUCCAUUUGUAAAGCAUGGUCAUUUAUUUCCAGGCUACUUACCGUAAUUGAAAUAAAUAACAUAUUAAUGAGUUUUUAAAACUUUUAUUCAUGACAGGCUUUUCCUCCAAGAUAGCAAGUGAGAGGCAAAGUGGCUGGAACUUCUGAAAGUAUUUGUGUUUAUGAUGUUAUUGUAACAAUUGUUUAAAGCUGUUGGCAAUGACAAAUUGCAUUGUUGCCCUUUCUCCGAGAAGUAAAACUUUAUAGAAAUGAUGUGGGGUUCGGGAAAUUACCAAGUAUGAAAACUUUUCUGUCUUAAGCAAAGAUAAUUUCUGUUGUUUUUUAUUGUUAUUAAUAUUUUUAAAAGAGACAAAGAGUUUUUCCACAUCACAAGAACUUCUACACCACUUCCUUGCCUCAAUGCCUACCAUCUUCUAGCUCUUGCUGAACUCUUUACAGCGGGAACUCACCAAAAAAAAAUUGGCAUGUUUCUCAGGAUAUGAAAAUGUGAACUCAAUUUUUUUUAAGUAGUUAUUCAUGCCGAGUUCUAUUUGGAGGAAAAAGCAAACUUGUGGGAGAAAUCAUUUUUGUUCUCUUUUGAGCUGAAGGCUUCUUUUUACUUUGUGUAAUGAUGUAACUGGAUUUCAAAGAGACAACUAUAUGAAUGAAUUUGGGGCAUGGCCUUUGAUUAUAUCUUCCAUUCUAUAGGAAAUGAGAUAAAGGUGGCAUCUUAUGAAUACUUGUGUCUUUCUACGUUGUAAAAUGGUGACAUUGGAAAUAAAUAAAGGAAUUGGAAUGCAAUA